AUGGUGGAAGUGAUUCCGAUCAUUGUCGGCAGCGCCGACGAUAAAAAGCCAACAGAGACCCGAUUUUUCAAUCUUCAUGCGCCGCCCGCAGGACAUUCCAUCAAAGUCGCCCCAGAUUUCUUCGAUGGGGCUGUUCGAGACGCCGUCGAGAAGGCCGUGAGAGUCAAUCUCAACCAUAUGAUCAUCCCCUCGAAAUAUUCAACGCGCAUUCCCAUGGCACCUAACUGUUUCUUUGACGUUACCCCCAAAGAAGCAAAAUUCAGCGCCGCGAUGCGAAAGACCAUGCUUCACGGGGCUCUCGGCGCCCGUGCGAUGCUCGCAUUGCAGAACUAUGGCGCCGAGGAGCCUGUAUUUGACGGCAAAGCGUACACGUACACGGCGGCUUACCACCCCGAAGUGGGCACUCUCCAGAUCUUUACACAUCAUGUUACGCCACCGACCACACCGGAGGGGGAGCCGGAGUACCACAUGACCAAACUCGGUCUGUGGCAGAUGACGGAUAGCAUCGAGGGAUUUUUGCGCGGUGUAACGGCAUUCAGAAAUGUGCGAGACUUAGCGCAACGGCAUCGUGAUGAGUUCAUUCGAGUGGCGAACGAAAGGGCGCGACAGUUGAGUGAAGAGCAGCAGCCGGGUGAGAAGCAGGGACCGAGUGAGAAACGGGAGGCGAGUGGGAAGCAGGAGCCGGUCGAGGAGCAACAGCCUAUCGCGGAGACCAUGGGUGUUGUGGCGGAGGGAGAGUAG